AUGGAAGCAACCGAAGAUGCGCUGCCUGGGUGGACAUGUCAACAAAUGGAAGCGGAUCUAGAAGAGCUAGCGGAUUUAACCAAUAGGGCCAGCUCUUUGAUCGGACUACGACCGCCGGGCGUCAAGACGAGAGAAACCACUGCGAAAACACCAACAGUGAGAGAUAAGGAGACUUUGUUAGAGGAGAUGACUGGCGGUCUAAAGAGCUUCUUAUGGAUACUAGAGAAGAUUGCUGCAGCCCGGGACGCAGGUGCCGCACCCACGCCAGACAGUCCCACACGUUCCUCGGGUAAUUCGAUAGCGCAUGGCUCAAUGCCGGUGAACCCAGACCCGGUUCCAGAUCCCGACCCUACUUCAAUCUCACUAACACCAUCAACACCCGCAAGUACCUUGGGUAGUCCAUUGGUGCAGAGUCCGGCGUCCGUGAAGCGGGAGCAGCUCAGCCCAGAUCCAAGCCUCGCACCUAAUCCCCUCACCUCCGCUUCCGCAGAUGCUGUGGCCAGACCGACGGUACGGGCAUCGGAACGACUUGAGCAGGGUCGCGAUGAUAGAGCUAGUGAGCUGUUUGUUCCUGUGACGGAGGCGGGAAGCGGACAACAGGGCGUGAAGAGGAACCCCAGUGAGGAACCGCAGCAACGCAAUGUAAGGUCACGCAAAGCUCCAACAGAAGAUAAAACGUCGCAAUUGCUGGCGCGUAUGCGCAAACUCAGUCUAAGCGAAAACGUCAAUCUCGGUGCCAGCGCAUACACGAAGGGCGUACGCGUCGCCGCCUCUGUGCUGAGCAAGAGCACUCUCUGUCAAAUCAAAGCACUCGUCCGAGCGUGGCGCUCGCAGAGGCCCGUAUCGAUCGUGUCUUUGCAACAGGACGACGCAGUCGCUCAAGUGGCCUCGUCUCAUCGACAGGUUCUGGCCAUUGAGAACGAGCGCGAUCAUGGUCUGUUCCGCUUGCGGGUAGCCGAGUACCAGUUCGCGCACAGCACGCGCCUACACAAGAAGAAGGACAAGAUGUUCGUGCACAAAGUACUCCAACGCUUAGGUAUUGAACCCACCAAGCAAACGCUCUUGGCCUUCAAAAAUGUCUACUCGCGGCGAGCGAAAUGGCUCAGCAUCUGCGAAAAUUGUCCAGGUGGCUCCCCCAAUGUCGGUAUCUUGGCUCUCAUUCCACUCACACUUGAGGCGCCAUACUACGUGUCGUCUGACAUGUGCAAGAAGAUUACAUACAAGGAUGUAUCUGAGUUUUCCGCCGUGAUGAACCAAUCUUCUGUCAUAGCAUCAGCACUCCUACGUGUAGGUGUUCGUGUAUACGAUCUCUACAACAAAUCGGAAGAAUUUGAGUUUGAGUUUGAGCAUUGCAGCGAGGAAGCUUACCAGCAAUUUGUAUGGAACAGGGGCCUCGGAGAAGACCUGGACGACCAUGACGACAGAGAUCCAGGAUUGGGUUGGCUAGGUCACAUCCGGCAGCACUUCAAUGCCAACUCUGGCCCUGACCACCACUGCUCCGACGAUGGCGAUUGGGAUACCGACCCCACGACUGCCGAGCCAGGAGCUAAGUGUCAUAUAUGCAGCGUUCAAGCUCCGUGCCAAUGCCUACGCUUUCCUCCAAACGCAUAUCGAAUCAAGCGAGACCGUGACCGGGGACGUUACGUGGAGGCGGCCGCGACAUUGCCUGAAGGUAUCCUGAUCGGAGAGGUGAUCGGCCAGCUUGUGCCGCUCACCACCGAAACAGAUGACGGCAUGCUGGUACUACACAGCGACACCGAAGCACUGUGCAAGAUCAAACGUUCUGAGCAGGGAAACUGGACAAGGUUCGUUAAACAAGAGGAAACCGGAAACGUCAGGUUCGAAUCUCUCCUCGUCAAUGGGCGUUGGAGAAUCUUACUACGCACGCUCGAAGUUGUCCAUGCGGGGAUGCAACUCGUAGCCAUACGAUAA